UUCAUCGAUUGCCGCAAUUCUUAGAGAUUAACAAGGGAAUCGUCUAGCUCGGGCUUACUAUUGUUAUGACUGAUACAAAAUUGCCAUGCUACGUCGGAAUGGAAAACGCACCUCCUGCGAACCAUGCAGGAUGGCUAAAGUGCGGUGUGACCAUACUACGCCGAUUUGUCGACGAUGCCAAUCGAGAAAUAUCACUAAUCAGUGCUACUACCAUCCUGCUCCUUUAACCAAAGAAAAGGGCGGAAAUAGCGGUUCUCUCGCAAAACAGAAAGAUCAGAGUCAAGUCAGAUCGAAAUCAAAGAAAAUUGCCUACAGUUCUAUAAACUCACAAAACUUUUAUGCAAAUUCUAUUGGAGUAUCCGAUAAUGCCUCCUUUCUUGGGCCAACUAGCUAUUUGUCUGUAUUCAGAGAGACAUCCUUAAGGAUAUCCCGAAAAGAGAACGACUCUUUGAAAGCAGAAUUUGAGCGGUGGCGAACUGACUAUACAUACACACGUGCCCGUCUAGUUCAUCUAAUCUCUAUGAUCGGAUUUUACUAUGACCAAAUCGCUUGGUACUAUAGCAAGGGAGGCUUCACUAUUAUUCCAGGGCCCCUUGUCCGGCGUCUACUCCACCUGGGGCGGGAACGUAUCGAAAAAAAUUCCUGGGAUGUUACAGGCGAUUGGGAUAAGAUCUACAAGGAAAUAACCAACGCGACAUCACGUCCUAUUGAGUUCACAAGUAGCAUGUCGUCCGAUGAAUUCUGUUCUUUGUUCACCCGAGAGAUUCGGUGGGAAUUCGUUGGGCUUAUGUUUGCUUUGGCUGGAUUUAGUGUUCACCGCCGGUAUAAAGGCACUCAUGUCUUGAACUUAGCUAAAGGUGUAGAGAUGGACGCCGAGACGUUUGCAAAAGAGAUGGUGCUCGCGGGUAAUGCUUGUAUUGACAUAUUCAGACAGCAUGGACAGGUUAACGAUGUAAUAAUUUGGAUGCGGUAUACCCAUGCCCUCUUAGCAACAGAGGUAUUAGGGGAGACUGGUGAGCGGCUAUAUAGUCUCUUCGGCGACUUAGUGUCGAGCAUUUACGCAGUGGGUCUACAUCGUGCCGUACAUUCUACAAAUAUUCCAUUUUAUCUUUCUGAGACCCGGAAACGAAUGAUGGCAAUUUUGCACAAGGGAGACAAAGGUCUAUCAACGCUUCUAGGACGACCACCCCGCCUCCCACAUAGAUACUGCGAUAUCACGCCUCCGUUAGAUCUAGCAGAUGAUCAGCUAUUCUUGACUGACAGGGAGUUGGAGGUAGCCCUUGAAGGACUUAGUGAAGAUGGCUGGAAUCGUCGAGGACAAUUCUAUCCGGCAACCGUUCUACGCAUGCGCCAUGUACUAUCAACCCUUAAGGAGCGGGUGCUUGACUUGGCUUUGGGAUAUAAAUGUGAAAGCUAUCAGGAUUUACUGCAGACGUACCAAUCAUGCCAAAAAACCUGGGACCGGAUCCCAGUCAGAUUCCGCUAUAAUUCCAACUGUUGGCAAGAAAAAGACAUCACUGAAUGCCUGGCUCGAGCCGUUGUCUAUUUUGAGUAUCUCUCCUGUGUCUUCCAUACGCAACGGAUGAGAUAUGAAGGGAGUCGUGAUACAGUACAUGAUUUGCUUGAUGCCUCGAUGCAAGUGGUAUCUGUCGUCUUGGAUCUCGUCAAGCAUUAUAAUCACCAUGAAGUCCAGAACCAAUUUCCAUGGAUUUUUCUGGUAUACGGCAUCCCAGCCGCUGGAGUACUUGUCACUGAAGUCCACCGCCACACCAUUUCCAAUAAACCUCUUCCAUCGUCACCAUCUCGUUCAGAGAUUAUUCGCUCCCUAGUCUUUUUAGUAUCAUGGCUUCGAACUGUUGAAAUGCCGUCUUCAGUCACCGCUACCGCAUGCGUGGAAGCCACAAAUAUGAUAAGUCGGCUUCUUGAUGAGACGCUGAACUAUCAGUCAGCCCUCUCUCCUUCUACAUAUUCUACUUUUCAAGACCUUGAAUAUCAGUCACAAAGUCACAAUACCACCUUUCGUAUUUCCACACCCUCUCCAGAACAAUUUACUGAGGAAAUGACUCAACCACAGCAACAACAGAUGAGCAUAAGAGAAACAUCAAUCGAAUCGUCAUUAGGAUUCGGAAUAGAUACUAAAUUUGGCGUUAAUCUAAUGAGUGAAGGACUGAAUUGGCUUGAUGAUUUGGACUGGGAUAUGGGAAGAACAGUGACAGCGGACAAGGGUUCGUAAUUGCAUCCACGCGAACCUCGAGCACCUGCAUGCUUAAGAUUUAAUACUCAGCAUGUGAUCAGCAAGCACAUGAUGGUUGCUCACUCCUGACUACAAAAAGACACUGGGUAUCGUAAUGAAUUUCAUUCGAAUGAUGUCUAUGUGAACGAACAACUAGUAGAAGUUUAUUCAGAAUAUUGUGAAAAUCAUUUUGCCAGUCUGCAAGUUUAAGAGUAUAGAAGUGAC